AAGUCGUCUUGUAUCUUUGAAACGAUAGUAGAAUCUUCUUAGUAAGACCCUACGGUAUUGGUCGAAAAUUGUUCUUUCCUGGUACUAUACAAAAUGGCCGAAGUUGUUGAGCUCCAGAAACUGAAGUUGGCUGAACUCAAGCAGGAAUGCUCUGCCCGAGGACUGGACACGAAGGGUAACAAAGGUGACCUGAUUACCCGGUUACAGGCGUACCUUGAAGAGCAUGAUGAGGAGGUUAAUGAAGAAGAGGUUUUGGGUGAUUUUGCAGAGGAGAGCUUCUCCAAAGACGAGGCAUCCCCUCCCAAAGCAGAUAAAACAUCUGAAGAACCAGAGUCCGUUACUCCAGAAAAGAAGGUGGUCAAAAUCACCGCAGCAGAGUCUGGUGAUGAGAAGAUGCAGAAGAGGGCAGAGCGAUUCAACAUCACAGCAGCAGCAGACAAGAAGGCUGCUCGUGCUGCCAGGUUUGGGGUGCCUGUCACAGCAUCACCUGCUGCUGAAGGUGCCUCCAUCAGUGCCAAAACCCCUGUCAGCGUGGAGGUCCUGAAGAAGAGAGCUGAACGCUUUGGGAUGAACGUGUCCUCCAUCUCCAAGAAGGUUGAGGAAGAUGAGAAGCUGAAGAAGAGGAAGGAGCGCUUUGGCGCCCAGACAAGUGGCGACGCGGCUGGUGGCGAGGACGCAGAGGCCAAGAAAAGGAAGCGGGCCGAGCGAUUUGGAAAUGUAUGAAAUGUAUGGAAAUGUUCACUGAACUUUUUUAACUUUAUAAAAAGUUCUUUUAUUUUUGUAUUUUUUUAAGUAUCGCUAGUCUUUUCUCUCAAUUAUGGACAAUGCGUUCUGUGUGUUAGUUCUGUGCAUUGGUUUGUAAAUUAAACAUAAACUUAAACUCUG